CAUAACAAUAGUACUGCUAGGCUGGCUGAAUCGCAGCAUUAAUUAGUGGUGAAAACAUCGUUCCGUGCUUGUGUUAAGUCGACGCAUUUGUGUUGUUGCACAAACGCCUGCCAGAGGUGUCAAACAUACACAGACACGUACAAAAGUAUAAUUUUAAGGCAAAUGUAUCCAAAGCGAUGGCACGGGUUGUGAAAGUGUUUCGGACUCUGAGGAAUCACUGGAAGAAAUCGACGGCUGCUGUGUGCGUCCUGAGCUACGGCAGUCACUGGAUCUAUGGCAAAUACUGUGACAGUAUUGUGCGCAGAGAAGCUUGUUUGGAGGCCAGGGAAUUUGGGCAUCAGCUGAUCACACCCCAGCAUCGCCUCAAAAAGGCAACUGUAAUCUUGAACCCUGCAGCGAGCAGAGGGAAAGCCAAAAAUUUAUUUGAAAAGAAUGCUGCUCCUAUUUUACACCUUGCUGGUAUAGAGAUCACCAUAGUUAAGACAGACUAUGAAGGUCAGGCAAAAAAACUGAUGGAGCUCAUGGAGCAGCCAGACAUGUUGAUUGUGGCUGGAGGUGACGGCACAUUGCAGGAAGUCGUCACAGGUUUACUGCGAAGGCCCGAUCAAGACACAUUUAGUGAAACUCCAAUCGGAUUCAUUCCUCUAGGGUCUCGCAACUCCCUGAGUCCAAGUCUUCACACUCUCAGUGACAACAAGGUCAAGGACAUUACGUCAGCAACUCUGUCCAUUCUGAAGGGAGAAGUUGUACCUCUGGAUGUUCUGCAGAUCAAAGGUGAAAAAGAACAGCCAGUGUUUGCUCUGAUGGGACUGCAGUGGGGGGUUUUCAGAGACACGGCUGCAACAGUCACCAAAUAUUGGUACCUUGGACCACUGAAGACAAAAGCAGCACAUUGGUUUUGCACUCUACGGAAGUGGCCCCUGGUCCGAGAAGUUUCCAUGUCCUACAUGCCUCCCAGACUUCGACCCCCUGACCUACCCCCAGAGAAGCCACCAAGGCCCAACCUGCUCUACCGCAUCGUGCGCCGGCUGAAAACCAACUGGAGUCCACCUGUACAAGAGCCUGAAAAAGUUGAAGAGCCAGUGAUGUGGGAGAAUCAACAUUUAUCUACAUUAGAACUGUUCAUUCAAACACACAACAGAAACCCAGUGGAGAGGCGAGUAAAUGACUCUCUGAUGAUCUGGGCGGAGCCGGACAACUUGACCGUGAGCGAGUUCAUCACUGCCGGUUGUAAAAAAGAAGACGACCCCACUGUUUUCACCAAAAACGCCACAAAAUUGGAAGUCGGUGCAUGUCAGCUGCAGCUGCCAGAGGGUGCCGGCGGCUUCUACAACAUCGACAACGAGGAGUACGAGGCCAUGCCGGUAGAAGUAAGGCUGUUGCCACGGAAACUACAGUUCUUCAUCAGUGCGGAGCGCAGAGAUCAGCUCGUGUCACAGAAGGCGCUGACGAGAAAACCUCAAACGUGAAAGAAGACCAAAGGAAUAAAUGAUUUGAAGAGAAACAGUGGUACAGCAGCACAGAUCCACUUCAUGAGCAGAAUUAAGUAAAAACAAUGUCCUGAUUUUUU